CCCCUCCUUUGUUCAAUGUUCAACAGUUUGCUCGUAUGGUUCGGUUGUUUACCAGAGCGAACCGCGGACCUGGGUCCUGCGAGCUUGCCGUUUCUUCCCAGGUACGAGAUGAAUCUCCGCACGAACCACGGAGGGGAGGGGUCCCCUAGAUACCGUCGAUCCUUUUCCCGCCAAUGACUGUAGGGAACUCCCUCAGGUUUAAACGAGUCUUUGAGAGCUCGUGGCUUCGGAAGCACCGCUCGACCAACUUCCCGGUUUGGACUGGGUUCACGGAUGGAGGUUCCCACCAGAGACGCUGAAAGCGGGAUGGGUUGAUGUAGCAAUCAAGGAAGAGGGAGGCAAAUUCGUAUCUACCUAUAUAAAGACGACCUGCCUUAUCACCCGCCCUUGGGUCCUUGGCUGUGCUGUGUUGGUCUGUUCCCUCUGGAAUCCCAAUCCACAACAAUGGCUCGCAUCACGGCAUCCGUCCUCGUCGCUGUUGGCCUGGCCCUCACCGCCAACGCGCAAGCUCCCGUUUGGGGACAGUGCGGCGGUACAGGAUGGACGGGCUCGACUAGCUGCGCUUCUGGAGCGUAUUGCUCCUCCCAGAAUGCUUGGUACUACCAAUGUGUUCCUGGAACGGCGCCGGCUGUCUCUUCCACCAAAGCCACCAGCGUCCCGGCCUCAACUACCCGCGCCGUGACCACCACCUCCUCCGUCCGCUCCACCUCUUCAUCCCGCGCCCCGACGUCAACGGCCACCUCCGUUCCGUCUCCUUCCGGGCCAAAGUACUUUAUCACCUUCGGAGACUCCUACUCCCAAACAGGUUUCAACAUCAACUCCACAAAACCCAACCCCCAAAACCCCCUCGGCAACCCAGACCUGCCCGGCUGGACCGCCUCAGGCGGCCUCGACUGGGUCGGCUUCAUGGUCACCCAGUUCAACGCCUCCCUGACCUACUCCUACAACCUAGCCUACGGCGGCGCCACCACGGAUGCGAGCCUCAUCGCGCCCUACGCCACCACGGUGCUCAGCUUCAUCGACCAGGUGGCCGAGUUCUCGCGCAGCCUGGCGUCCAAGCCGAGCUGGGCGCCGUGGACGGCGGAUAAUACCCUCGUCGGCGUGUGGAUGGGUGUUAAUGAUGUGGGAAACGCGUUUUGGCUUUCGAAUCGGGAGGCAUUGUUGGUUCAGGUUUUGGGACGGUAUUUUGAUCAGUUGCAAAUUUUGUAUGAUGCUGGUGUGAGGAAGUUUGUGUUGCUUGGUGUUCCGCCAACCCAAAAGACCCCCCUCAUGCUCGCCAACGGCGCCGACUCCAACGCCCAGCUCGCCGCUGCCAUCAAGCAGUACAAUGAUCUCAUCACCAGCAACCUCGCCGCCUUCAAGGCCAAGAACUCCGGCAUCACGUCUUGGGUCGUCGAUACCACGCCCGCGUUCGACAAGGCCAUUAACAACCCGACCGCCUACGGCGCUCCCGACGCCACGUGCUACAAUGCCGAUGGUGUUAGUUGCUUGUGGUUCAACGACUACCACCCUGGCGUGCAGAUUCAGAAGCUCGUGGCGCAAGCUGUUGCGGCUGCCGUUGGUGCACCGUGGUUUACUUGUGAGUUGCCCGAUCCGAAGGCUUUUCGUGUUUGA